AUCUAAUUUCUUUAUUAUAUCUCUCCAAGCAGCGUAGCGACAUCUACUAGCCAAUUUGAUUUUCGAUAUCCUUCAGCCCAGACAUCGCAAUGCUUGGAAAAAGAUCGCCGUACCAGGAGGACAGUCUAUGGUACUAUGCUCCUAACAAGGGGGCUCCCAUUACUUUCGCCAUCUGGUUCACCAUCUCUGGCAUCUGGCAUAUCUACCAAUGCAGAAAGUAUAAGUCAUGGAAAGUGACCGGGCUCCUGCCCUGGUCGGCGAUGCUCUUCACGGGCGGCUUUGUGUUGCGUGCAGUUGCCGCCUGGGGCCACUGGGACAACCUGGUGAUCUACAUUAUCAGCACCGUUCUUCUACUCGCUGGCCCACCGGUCUACGAAGCAGCCAACUACCUGGUUCUCGGACGAAUCCUCUACUACAUCCCAUACCACUCACCGAUCCACCCGGGACGGGUCUUCACGACGUUCCUCGCCAUGAGCCUGGUGAUCGAGGUGCUAACUGGCAACGGUGGCGCCUUGGUGGCCAACGUGGAGAACACACAGCGCAAGCAAGACAUCGGCAAAGGGCUGCUCAAGGCGUCUCUGAUCUUGCAGCUAGUGCUGAUGGCCGGGUUCCUUGCGCUGACCUCAAAAUUCCACUACAACUGUCGUCGAGGCGGGGUGCUGAACCGCAAGGUCAAGCACGCGUUGUGUGUGCUAUACUGCAGCUGCGGGCUGAUCACCGUGCGGACGAUAUAUCGGACGGUGGAGUACUUCACUGCGGCGAGCCUGAACGUGUCCAACAUCCAAGACAUCAGUCCGGUCCUCAAGGACGAGUGGUUCUUCUGGUUGUUCGAGGCGGCUGUGAUGUAUAUGAACACCACCAUGCUGAACAUUUUUCAUCCCAUGCAAUGGCUGCCACGCUCCUGUAAGAUUUAUCUAGCCCGGGAUGGAAUCACCGAGCUGGAAGGGCCAGGCUAUGAUGAUCACCGCCCGUUCCUCCUCACUCUUUUCGAUCCCUUUGACUUGGUCGGCCUGUGCAAGAACGGAGGCAGACAAGAGAGGUUUUGGGAGGGUGAAACAGCUAGAAGUGUCCCCACCAUUGGCAACACCAAGGACGGGGCCGCAGCUGUUUAG